CCAAUGGAGCUUGAGGGGCAGUGGUGGAAAGAACAACUUGCCGGAGAUAUAUACCAUGCUCUGCGUUACAGGGAACUGUCUUUACCUUUUUACAAAGGCCAGUCUCCACAGCUUAGCCUCAGACGUUACUUUGCAGACCUCAUAGCCAUUGUAAGCAAUCACUUCAGGCUGUGUCCGACAGCCAGACACUUGGCUGUUUACCUGCUGGACCUUUUCAUGGAUCGUUAUGACAUUUCUGUGCAACAGCUUCACUUGGUUGCCCUGUCCUGCUUGCUUUUGGCUAGUAAGUUUGAGGAGAGAGAAGAUCAUGUGCCCAAGCUGGAGACUCUGAACAGCCUCGGCUGUAUGAGCGCCAUGAACCUGGUUCUGACUAAACAGGGACUUCUUCACAUGGAGCUCCUUCUGCUGGAGACCGUCCAGUGGAACCUCUACCUGCCCACGGCUGCCCAUUUCAUAGAUUACUGCCUGUCAAUCGCAGUCAGUGACGGUGACCUUCACGAUGGAUGGCCGAUGGCCUGUGUGGAGAAGACUGAGUUGUACAUGUCCAAAUAUGCAGACUAUUUCCUUGAGGUCUCUCUUCAAGAUCACGCAUUUCUUGCGUAUGCUCCCUCCCUGGUGGCUGCUGCAUGCGUGGCUGCAUCGCGGAUCAUUCUCAGGCUGUACCCAACAUGGCCACCACGUCUUCAGAGGCUCACAGCAUAUUCGUGGGACCAGCUCCUACCCUGUGUGGAAAGACUACUCAUUGCACAUGACAGUGAUGUGAAAGAAGCUAACAAGCAGAAGUGCCAGCAGCUCAGUCCCCAGUCAGGACAGACCAUGUACCAAACCCAGUUCCAGGGCUCCACCAUGCCUCAGUACCUCCACCGAUCUUCACUACAGUACACACAGCAGAACUGCCAGCCUGUCGGAGCCUCUACCCAUAGCUCUGCCACCUAUCUGACCCACACCACUACUCUACAGGUUUCCAGUGCCCCACAACUCGGGCAGUCUGCGUCUGCACCUCUGGAUGCCAAAGUCAGCAUUCCCAAUGGCGCAUACCAAGUGGGCACGCUGUAUCCAUGCACAACACCCUGCUUUGACAGGUGA